AUGGGAAGUGAAGAUGACAAGAAUUCCAAACCAACAUACGAAGAUAAAUUUGCAAAGCUUGAGCUUCAGAUACAAACUUUAGCAAAUACCUUCGCAGAGUUCAUGAAAGCAAGCCUGAAAGUUGAGUUUAAACUUGAGAUUUAUGAUUAUGAUGGAGUCGUGGAAGCUGAAAAACUUGAUGGUUGGUUAGAUAAGUUGGAGACAUAUUUCACAGUACACCAACUAGUGGAGUCUCAGAAGAUCAGUUUUGCCAGUUUGAAAUUUUCGAAUCAUGCAUCAACCUGGUGGAAGGCUUACAAGAAGAGGUAUGACACGGAACAUAUGACAUGGCAACAAUUUAAGGAGCUCAUGAAGAAACACUUUUAUCCUAUGGGUUACUUGGAUGAGAGAUGGUAUAAGUGGCAGCACCUUCGGCAGCGGUACCAACAAAGUGUUCAAGAUUACACUACAAAAUUCUACAAUCAAGCUUUAGCUUUAGAUGUGGAUAUUACUAGUGAUGAGACUUUCCGGAAGUAUAAGGGUGGAAUUGUAGAUUAUAUACGAAGGGAGUUGAAACUUUUUAGUGCACAAGAUAUUGAAGAUGCUAUAAACAAAGUUGUGGCCAUUGAGAAGAAAUCUAAAGGUGCUGCAGGACCAUACAACAGGAGAAUUACUACUAGAGGAGAAGAUAAGACUCAAAUAAGGGUUGAGACAAGUAAGAACAAGUCUCCACCAUCUGAAAGAGAAGAAAAGGUGUGUGUACAUUGCAAGGAGAAAGGUCACAUAAAGGAAACUUGUUGGAUUCUUUAUCCACAUCUUAAACCAAAGAAACUGCGUGAAUCUGAAGGCCAAACAAGUUUUAAGAAAAACACCAUGUUACCAGAGGCUUUAGAUACUGCAACGAUCUUUCAAAUAUAUCAACCAGAUCUAAAGCUUAUGUUGAUGACGAAGCUGACAGACACAGAACUAGUGAAUCUUCAUGAAGAAUUGUUUCAUGUCAAGAUACAAGUAAAACAAAAUAUCGUCGAAGCUAUCAUUGACUCUGGUAGUCAAAAGAACUUAAUUCAGAGAAGCUGGUGGAACAAACAGGAUUGUCAACAACUCCACAUCCAAAACCUUACCCAUUGGGAUGGAUGCGAAAGGAUACUGAACUUCAGACCUGUAACCACAGGAGAAAAGAAGAUAGUAUUGCAUACUACACUUUCCAUCAGACAAGAAAGUGAGAUAAGUUCACUAAAAAGAAAAAUUGUGGAUUUAUUCCAAGAAGAAGUUACCAUACCACCUAAGAGAAGUGUCGAGCAUGAUAUUAUACUUAUUGGAGACGCCUCCUUACCAAACUUAGGGUUAUACAUGAGUUCUAUAACUGAGUCGGAGGAAAUUAAGAAACAAGUAAAAGAAUUACUUGAACAAAGAGUAAUAGUACAAAGUUGCUCUCCUCGUGGUUCUCCAGUUCUACUUGUACCAAAAAAGGAUGGAGGAUGGAGAAUGUGUGUGGAUUACCGGUCUCUAAAUAAAAUCACAAUCAAGAAUAGAUACCUGUUACCAAGAAUUGACGAUCUUCUUGAUCGAUUGGGGGAUGCAAUAUUUUUCAAUAAACUUGAUCUCAAAUCUGGAUAUCAUCAGCUCAUGAAUGAGGUACUGCAAAAUUUCAUUGACGAUUUUGUCAUCGUAUACUUGGAUGAUAUCUUGAUUUUUAGCAAAACAUGGGAGGAGUAUUUGAUACAUGUAUCCAAGGUAUUGUCAGUAUUAAGAGAAAAUUCCUUAAGUUUAAAUGAGAAAAAAUGUGAGUUUGGCAGACAAGAAUUAGUUUUUCUUGGAUUUGUGAUUGGAAAAGGGAAGAUUAAGGUCGAUCCAGAAAUGGUUGUUGUUAUUUAUGCAUGGCCAUCACCUAGGAAUAUUACUGAAAUUCGGAGUUUUCUGGGGGCUUGUCAGUAUUUAUUGCAGUCUCAACCAUUAUUACCAAGUGAUUAUGCUCAAAAAUACGAGGGAGAUAAAGAUUUUGGAGAAGAGUACAAGAGAUUAAGUCAAGGAAAUUCAAGUGAGUUCCGCUUAGUGGAUGGGUCAAUGUAUAAAGGGAAAGAACGACUUAAGGGUGAAGGGAAAAAACUUAAACUUAUAUGUUAUGGACCGUUCAAGAUAUUGAAGCAGUUUGGAGGUAAUGCUUUUCAGCUAGAUUUACCACCAUAUAUGCAGAUGUAUUCUGUCAUUAAUGCAGAAUAUCUGAAGUUAUUUGAACCUCCAUUACUUAAUAAAGAGGAUGAUCAAGAGUUGAAACCGCCACCUGUAGAAGACUUUUGGAUAAAGCGAGAAUAA